UGAUGUAACUUUGAACGGGCCCUAAAGGAACUGUUGUAAGUCAAGGACUUCUUGUAGAAGCUGGAAACAGAACCUCUGAGGUCAACGGGACUUACCUUUCCUCUCCUUGAACCUUCAGGUUAUGGCUUUGUGGAUUUUGACAGCCCCACAGCAGCUCAGAAAGCCGUGACUGCACUCAAGGCCAGCGGGGUCCAAGCUCAGAUGGCCAAGGAGCAGGAUCCUACCAACCUCUACCUGUCAAACUUGCCUUUGGGCAUGGAUGAGGCUGAAUUGGAGUCGAUGCUGAAACCGUUCGGACAAGUCAUCUCGACACGUAUCCUACGUGAUGCCAGCGGCACCAGCCGAGGAGUUGGCUUUGCCAGGAUGGAGUCUACAGAAAAGUGUGAAGCAAUCAUCACCCACUUCAAUGGCAAAUAUAUCAAGACACCUCCAGGGGUCCCAGGUCCACAGUCCAUCUUGGAUGCACCAUCAGUCAUACCUCAUGCAGCCCACGGGGACGGUGCUCACACCUGCCAUGGACCACGCCAUUUCCAUCCAGCCCACUUCCAUGAUGGGGCCUCUCACCCAACAGCUGGGCCAUCUGUCCCUCAGCAGUGCUGGCACAUAUAUGCCAGCGGCAGCAGCUAUGCAAGGAGCCUAUAUCCCCCAGUAUACACCGGUGCCUUCCUCUAGUGUCGCAGUUGAG